CGAAGCUAAGACUGAGGAAGCAGGAGAAGGUUCACAGCAGCUGCAGCAGCCAGCAAACAAAAAUGAGAGAAAACCUGAGGCCAGUUCUGUUCCAGUGGAGAAAGGAAACAUUCUUCCCCCUAGAAUCCGCAAAUAUUGUGACAUUAGCAGCCAGUCUUGGGAGUUGCCUGUUCUCCGAUUUGUAUGGUAGACAGAAAAUGAACUCAGAAGAACGCUGGUGAAUCGGCAUUUGUGGACUCACAGCUGUUGUGACAGGCUCAGAAAGGCAAAGUGUGGACCAAAGAAAUAUCACACCAUUAAGCAACUUCAGAUGGAGGCGGAUGCAGACCAGAAGCGUCACCGCACACGUUCUAAAGGUAUCCGAGUCCCCAUAGAACCUGUAAUCCAAGAACUGUUCAGUUGUCCAACUCCUGGCUGUGAUGGCACAGGCCAUGUUAGUGGGAAAUACGCAAGGCACCGAAGUGUUUAUGGAUGUCCAUUGGCAAAGAAACGUAAAAUACAAGACAAGCAACCAAGUGAACCAAUUCCCAAGAAAAAGACAUUUCUGCUGAGAGCGGAUAACUCUUCUGUGGAUGAGUGCUAUGAGACUGAUGGUACUGAGGAGCUGGAUGAGAAAGAUGAGGAAUACUCUGAUGAGAACGACGAUCAGGAGGAAGAUGAAGAGGAGGACGUGGAAGCGGAAGAUGAGGAUGAAUUAGAAGAGGAAGACGAGGAGGAUGAGGAGUAUGAAGAUCAGAGUAAUGAACAAGAAGACCUUCAAGAAGAAUCUGAUAUUAUCAGGAGAAGCCAGGACAACGAGAAAGAUGAUAACAACAAUGAUGAAUAUGACAAUUAUGAUGAGCUUGUUGCAAAAUCAUUAUUAAAUCUGGGCAAAAUAGCUGAAGAUGCAGCAUUUCGGGCAAUGACGGAGUCUGAAAUGAGCGACAGCACAGCGCGUGGCCUGGAGGAUGAUAGUGACACUAACGGGGGCAGGGUUAGAAAAAACAAUAAAAGUGACUCCUGCCAGUUGAGUUUAGAUGUUGACAGUGACGUUGUUAGGGAAACAGUGGACUCACUUAAACUACUGGCACAAGGACAUGGUGUGGUCCUUUCAGACAAUGCAAGUGUGAGGGGUCGUAUAGAUGGUUUAAUACAGAAUGAAAUUAGAAAUGCGAACUUUGGAUUGUGCAAGUCCACCGGUGAUGGUUUGGAAAAGGCCGUUGAUGAAAGCGACGAGGCUGUUUGCCUGAGCAGUCUUGAGUGCCUACGGAACCAAUGCUUUGACUUGGCCAGGAAGCUAAGUGAGAGUCAGCAUGAGGAAAGAAACCAGCAGCAUCAUUUUAGUGACUGUCAACAGAACAGACCUGACGACGACAUCACGAGACGGAUGUCAGAUCGGAACUAUUCAGACAUGGUCAACCUGAUGAAGCUUGAGGAGCAGCUCAGUCCCCGCUCCAGGGGUUUCUCUUCUGGCGUUAAGGAAGAGGAGUCACAUGACAGAGAUGAUGACACUGGCUCAAUCAAAUCCGACAGGUCUGAGGAGGUGUUUGACAUGACCAAGGGAAAUUUGACUCUGUUAGAAAAGGCCAUUGCACUGGAAACAGAGAGGGCUAAGGCAAUGAGAGAAAAAAUGGCCAUGGAGGCUGCAAAGAGAGACGCUUCAGAGCAAAUUCCAAGGCAUCAUGUCGGAGAUGAGAAGAAGUCUAGAUCCUCUGAUGGUCAUGUAAAAAAGCCAUACUACCCUAAAGAUUCAUCGCGGCAUGAAAAGAAAGAAAGCAAGUGCCCCACGCCAGGAUGUGAUGGAACUGGACACGUCACAGGCCUUUAUCCUCACCAUCGCAGUCUGUCAGGCUGUCCACACAAAGACAGGGUUCCUCCAGAAAUUCUUGCCAUGCAUGAAAAUGUGCUUAAGUGUCCUACACACGGCUGCACUGGGCGAGGCCAUGUAAAUAGCAACAGGAAUUCUCAUAGAAGUCUCUCUGGAUGUCCCAUAGCUGCUGCAGAGAAGCUGGCCAAAGCUCAAGAAAAGCAUCAUAGCAGUGAGGCAACAAAAUCAAACCAGGGUUCAGAUCGUGUAUUAAGGCCUAUGUGUUUUGUUAAGCAGCUGGAGAUUCCACAAUAUGGCUACAGGCACAAUGUGUCCACCACCACACCUCGAUCUAACCUGGCAAAAGAGCUGGAGAAAUAUUCUAAGACUACAUUUGAAUAUAACAACUAUGACAACCAAUUUUUUGGAAAGCGCGCUAUUGCUCCCAAAGUUCAGACCAGGGAUGCAUCACCCAAAGGGUAUGACGCCAGACAUGAGGACCGGGGAACUUGGGGCAAUCAAUGGAAGUGUCUUGAGGGCAGUCGGUAUUGCAGUCGAGGAGGAGCUGAAGGUCCUAACGCGUAUGAAGCAAAGCGAUUUUGUAAGAACUCCAGUUCGGCCAGCAGCACGACAAGCAGCUAUGCUCCCAGCAGCAGCAGCAGCAGCAUCAGCUGUGGCGGAGGCAGCAGUGCCAGCAGCACCUCGAGCAAGAGCAGCUUUGACUACACACACGAUAUGGAGGCAGCACACAUGGCAGCCACCGCCAUACUCAACCUGUCCACUAGGUGCCGAGAGAUGCCACAGAAUCUCUCGACCAAGCCUCAGGAUCUAUGCGCCAGGAAUCCUGAGAUCGAGGUGGAUGAGAAUGGAACCCUAGAUCUGAGCAUGAACAAACAGAGGCACAGGGAUGGCAGCUGUGGCAGCAGUAGCAGCACUGGCCUGCUGACUCCAUUAGAGCCAAUGUCCCCACAGCGACAGAACAUGAUGGUCAACAAGUGCUAUGCAAUGAACGAGAGUGAUUGCUGGGACUUCCCGGUAGACUACACCAAAAUGAAACCUGGGACAAUGGAUGAGGACGACCCCAAAGAGCCAGAUGAUAUGGAUCCAUUUCAAGAAUGCCUGGAAGAACGGAGGUAUCCUGGAGAGGUCACAAUACCAAGUCCUAAACCUAAAUAUGGACAAUGCAAGGACAUCAGCAAAAAAGAUCUCAUAACUCUAUCCGGCUGUCCUUUGGCAGAUAAAAGUAUCCGGAGUAUGAUGGCCACCAGCUCACAAGAACUCAAGUGUCCAACCCCUGGAUGUGAUGGUUCUGGGCAUAUAACUGGAAACUAUGCUUCUCAUAGGAGUCUUUCAGGCUGUCCACGAGCAAAGAAAAGUGGAAUCAAAAUUGCUCAGAGCAAAGAUGACAGAGAGGAUCAGGAGCCGAUCAAAUGUCCAGUUCCGGGAUGUGAUGGCCAAGGACAUGUAACUGGCAAGUAUGCAUCUCAUCGCAGCGCGUCAGGGUGCCCCUUGGCUGCCAAGAGGCAAAAGGACGGCUACCUCAAUGGUUCACAAUUCUCGUGGAAGUCUGGAAAAACAGAAGGCAUGUCCUGUCCAACUCCAGGAUGUGACGGAUCGGGACAUGUAAGUGGCAGCUUCCUUACCCAUCGCAGCUUGUCAGGAUGUCCAAGAGCUACUUCGGCCAUGAAGAAGGCAAGGUUGUCAGGAGAGGAAAUGUUGACGAUAAAGCAACGAGCCAGUAACGGGAUAGAGAAUGAUGAAGAAAUCAAACAGUUGGAUGAAGAAAUUAAGGAAUUAAAUGAAUCUAAUUCCCAGGUGGAAGCAGAUAUGAUCAAGCUUAGAACCCAGGUCCCCCACACCAUGCAUCAAUCCCUGGCUGAGAGGGGGAUAACAACAAUGGAGAACAACCUAAAGACGAUAGAAGACGAAAAUAAAGUAAUUGAACAACAGAAUGAGUCCCUUCUGCAUGAGCUGGCCAAUCUAAGUCAGUCUCUAAUCCAUAGCUUGGCCAACAUCCAACUGCCACACAUGGAUCCAAUAAAUGAACAGAAUUUUGACGCCUACGUGACGACUUUAACAGACAUGUAUACAAAUCAAGAUCGCUAUCAGAGCCCAGAAAACAAGGCCCUGCUGGAAAACAUAAAGCAAGCUGUGAAAGGAAUACAGGUCUAAGGACCAUUUUCUGGUUUUUAAGAAAGAUCUUGCUUGGAUGCCUCACGUUUUUGCUGCUCUAAUUUACCAGACAGUGUUGAAUAAGGAAACUUUAUUUCUGUUACAAAGGUGUUAUGCGUAGGAGACUUCAUAAUAAUUUUAUGUCCUGCUUUGAAAAUAGUAAUUGCAUUUAAUAUAUAGUUUUUAAAAACAUUCACAUUUUGUACGUUUUCAUAUGAGAUGACAUAGUGUAAUAUGCCAUGUAAUGUUUAUAGCUGCCAAUGUAUGCACUUUUUUUGAGUGUAUACACUUGAAUGGUUGACGGAACAAAAAUUGAAUAGGAUGUGAAUUAUUUCAAAUGCUUUACAAAAGGGGAAGAAUUUAGUAUUACAAAUUGAAUUUGACAGACAACAGAAAGCUUGGGAGCAUGUGAGCUAUGAUCUAUGUAUCGCUAUCACUUGGAUACCCUGAUUUUCUGUCUCAUAUGGGAGACUGUGUUUUACAGAAUUGAAAAAAUAAAAUAAUUUAUGUGCAUAUUGUUUAAUAGACAAGGAUUGGUAGCGAAAAUGCUCUAGUUUUGAACAACGCUUUAAAAAUAUUAUGUGCUUUAGUUUUAAAUGGAUUACAAUUAGGUGGGGACAUUCAAAUGAAAUUAUUGCUUUGGGAUUUUAGAACAGUGAAUGAAAUAAUGAGUAGCUUUAAGGUUGUUUUAGUUUAGGUUUGCCAAAUAGCCCUGUGUCCUCACUAACCUGUUCAAAUUACUUCUAUUCAAAUAAAAGAGCAGUGGGAUUUGUGGUAAAGACAAAGUAGCCCAGUGAGGGCCCAGGGCUAAACUCCGAGACAAGGUAACUUGACAGAAGGAUUACUUACACCCUGCACUGAUUGGUGUUGUGACUAAAUCGGCCUUCCCGGCUAUGAUGCUUAGAGCAAUGCACUUCAAUGAACAUAGGACGACCGCUGAAUGCCACAGCACACUUUCUGUGAAGUUAAUUUGUCUUGUAGUUUACAGUACAUGCGUAUCUAUCUGUACUAUGGGUCUCUGUAGAAGGAAGUAUGGGUUUUAUACCUUAUUAAUAAUUUCAUCUGACUGGACAUUACAGGGUCGCUGUCCCUCGAAACCUGCCAGAUCUAUUUUGCACUUACCUUGUCCUAUAUCUACAGAGUAAUAAGGUGUGCAAUUGCUGAUAUUAUCAGUCAUAUGACAAAAGUCGCAUGAGUCUGAACAAAUGAAACACAGAAGCCCUUGUGGCCACUGUUGUGGUGAUAGCCGUAGUGGAAGCUAUUGGGCACAAUAAGGUCAUGACAGGAAAUGUGAUACAAUAUUCAAUGUGAAACAUAAUCCCAGCAGCACUUUAUUCAUAGUCGUUGUGCAAAACUUACAAAGUUUUCCCAAUGGACAAAUUCUCAACUAGCUGGGAAAAGAUUCUGUAAUUACUCUGGGUCCAUGUGGCUUUGAGCCUGCAUGGUGCCCACUUUCUGUUGUGCUAUUAGUUGUAGCUGCCAUGUUCAGAAUUGCCUUUUUGAGAGCUAAAGCAAGGUGCUUGUCUUUCACCUUAUGCCAUAUAUAUAAACAUAUAUACUUGCCCUAGCCUCUUUUAGGGCUUUGUUCUUCAUUGACUGCAUAUGCCUUUUUUUCCACUGCAUUGUGUCUGCAGCUUCUAUGCCAAUAUAGUAAUGCUUUUAAUAGAGUAAGAGCUAGUUUGACUUUUGGAUUAUUACUGUUCUCACCUAUGUAAAUGGAAAAGGGAUUUUAAGCACAAAUCUGCUGCUCAUCUAAUGUUGGUACAUAAUAUCGAAUCAAAACGUACCCGUGACUCCAACAUAGUGAACACAGACGUGUCACAUAUUAGAAUGCUAACAUUUCAUAAGGAUUAUUGCAGAUUCGUCAGAGUUUAUUUAUAAUAACUUAUUGUUCAUAUUCAUUUCUAAGUUAAUUUAAGUGAUAUUCAUUUAUUAAGACAGGAUUUUGUAUAAACUAUUUAUUGUGCUCUCUGUGGAACUGAAGUUUGAUUUAUUUUUGUACAACACAGCAUGGAUUUGUUGACAUUUUAAUUUUGCUAUAAAUGUGUGAAAUCACAAGUUGCUGUGAUGAUUCAUUUUUAAAUUGUGAACUUUGUACAAUUUUGUCAUGCUGGAUGUUGACACAUCUUACUAUAAAUAAAAUCGUGUUGCCACAUUUGUACCACAGUGGUUCUCUGAUCAGUGUUAACAUUUUAACUUUAUUGUAUGUACUGGCAGCUGUGGCAAAUAAAUAUUCAGCUAAUAUAA